UUCAAAUGUUUAUUCAUCUCGUGGUGAAUUUGAACUAGGAAGAGAUAAUCAACAUAGGCAAAUAAACAAAUUAAAACACAAGGUCAAAGUAGGAUUAUCAUGGACUGAAGUAAAUGGUGAAUUAGUGCAAUUUAAAGCUCAUGAUCGUUUUCAUCCAACGUCAUCAGAAAUCUAUGCUGAACUAGAUCGAUUAUCUUCUGAAUUAAUUCAACACGAUCAUGGACUUGAUUCAAGUUGGAUAACUCGUUCAAUGAAAGAAGAUGAAAUUAUUGAAUCGGUUUUAUGUGGACAUAGUGAGAAAUUAGCAAUUGCAUUUAAUUUCAUUCAACAACCUAUUCCAUCGAUUAUUCAAAUUACUAAAAAUCUUCGUGUCUGUGGUGAUUGUCAUGAAGCUAGAAAGUUGAUCGCAAAAAUUCGACAACGUCAUAUUAUUGUUCGUGAUGCUAAUCGUAUUCACCAUUUCUAUUCAAGUGGACAAUGUUCGUGUCAAGAUCAUUUUUAA